AUCAUUUCAAUUGUUAUUGUUCUAAAUGUCGAUGACUUGAAAUUAGGGUUAGCCGUAACGAAUUGAUAUUUUCAUCAUCAUCUUCAUGGUAAAAGUAAAACCUUCAUAUGCAACCUAUCUGUACAUUUGUGUGCAAUCCAAUUUUUGGAACCCUAAUAAUUUGUAUUGAUAGUCUUACCAGAUUUAUUUUAGUUUUGAAUUAUUUUUUAAAAAUUAAUCUGCUGAUUUUAAUUACAGAAAAACUUUAUUCCGAAUCCUAAUAACAUGCACAAAGUGGCUUUCUUCAUAUUCAAAAUCACAACUUGCUUAAUUACAAACCCAAAGUGCUGGCAUAAUAAACCAUUAUUAAUCAUCUUCUUUAAUUGUGCUCUAGCAAGUGCAUUUUUUUUGGUUUGAGUAGGCUAGCCUAGAAUAUUACUUUAGUAGCAAUAAUUUGUAGUUGAAGACACUGUGUAAUAAACUCUGACCGUCCAAAAGAUCAAUCCCACUAUAUCAAAAUAAAAAUAUGAAAUCACAUAAUUUGAAUUAAUUUCUAUUCUACCCAUUACUUUUUAAAACAAAAAUCGACAAUUUUCUCAAAAAAUAUCAAUAUGUGUACACUAUUGUAUGUAUGUGGGGGGAUAAAAUUUAAAUCCCUAACUCUCUUAUUAUAUAAAUUUCUCAAUAUUGACAUGUUACUCUCUUGCAUCGUUCAAUAAAAGUCUCGUUAUAUCCAUCAUUCUCAUCAUGAUUGUUCAUUGUUUGAUACCAAAAUGAAAUGCCCUCUUGUUGGUUUUGCUUUUGCCCAUUUUUCUAUCUCAUAUGUCUAACUCUUUUGGGGUUAUUUUCCGUUUUAAAUUGCUAUUUUACACACAUUAAACAGCUAACUUUGUCAUUAUAACUGUUGCAGUAGGGGUGCUUUGAACAGCAAAUUCAUAUACACAAACAUACAUGGCGUCCUUCCGAGCAUUUUUGAACAGUCCUGUUGGCCCCAAAACAACUCAUUUCUGGGGUCCUGUAGCCAACUGGGGAUUUGUGGCUGCCGGGCUGGUGGACAUGCAAAAACCCCCAGAAAUGAUAUCUGGCAACAUGACUGCAGCAAUGUGUGUGUAUUCCGCUUUAUUCAUGAGAUUUGCAUGGAUGGUACAGCCUCGCAACUAUCUACUUUUAGCAUGCCAUGCCUCAAAUGAGUCGGUGCAGCUAUAUCAGCUCUCCCGUUGGGCAAAGGGUCAGGGGUACUUGCAGCAGAAGGAAGAGAAACCCUUAUCUGAGUGAUGCUGUGCUACUGUUCUUUUGCUUUCCUGGGAUCUGUAAUCUUUUGGUGGUUUUUGCAGAAAUGAUCAUUAUCUUUGUAUGAAAAAAUUGUGUAAUAAAUACACACAAGAUUGUGCUCAUUUUGUAGCAAUAACAACUAAUCACCAUUAUGCGUUCUCAACUUAUAAGAAACUUACAGCUUGAAGAUCAGAAUUGUUCGCAAUGAA